AGCGCCCAGGGGUUCAGAAGGAGAGACGCUGCACUCUGAUUGGAGGAAGUGACCAGGAAGUGAUACAUCAACAAAGAAAGAUGGCUGAAGUGAUAGAGCUCCAGAAACUUAAGCUUGCUGAACUGAGGCAGGAGUGUGAGGCCCGAGGUCUGGACACCAAGGGAAACAAAGGAGAGCUCAUCGCCCGACUGCAGGCGUACCUGGAGGAGCACGGUGAGACGACAGACUUCACACUUAGACAUGAGGAAGAUGUUGAUGUCGAUGAUGUGUUGGCAGAGGACACGGAGGAAUUCACUAAGGUCGAUGGUGUCGAUGGUGCAGACGAUUUGAAAAGCGAGAAGGAGCCUACUGAGGAAGAGACAGCUGAAGAUAAGAAGGUGGUGAAAAUCGUUCCUCCAUCAUCUACUGGUGAAAGACUACAGAAGAGAGCUGAACGCUUCAACCUGCCGGCCACAGCUGAAAGCAAAAAGGCUAUCCGUGCAGCAAGGUUUGGUGAAACCACUGAGAAGUCCGCUCCAGCUCCCACUGCAGCAGGCGGUGUUGCGGCCCCUAAAGCUCCUGUGAACGUUGAUCAGCUGAAGAAGAGAGCAGAACGAUUUGGCAUGAACGUCUCCUCCGUUUCACAAAAGAUUGAAGAGGAUGAGAAGCUGAAAAAGAGGAAGGAGCGGUUCGGGGUCACAGCAGCUUCAACAGGUGCAGUUGCUGCAGUCGCUGCUGUCGCUACAGCCGCUACACCCGCUUCACCUGAAGUAGAGGCAAAGAAAAUGAAGCGUGCGGAAAGAUUUGGGAUUGUGUGAAAAACAUUUUAGAGCCUGUGUUUUUUUGUAAAGCAUUUUCAUUACUGCACAACCGAGAUCCCGAAAGACAACAAAUGUCUCCCGAUAGGACUCCUGUCAAUCAAAAGUAUAAUUUAGAUGCAAAGAUAAAUGGAUGAGUUAGAUCCUUUAAAACAAACAAGAAAAUAAUGUCAAAACGUUUAGUUCAAACCGACUGGAGCACCAUUUCAGUCCCGCAACUGAAUUCAAUCUUUUUCAUUUAUCUUACUUUUUCUAUUCAAUUUGAGAGGUGUUUAUAAACGGCAAAGGCAUCAUCAGUUUCUUUCUGUUAACAUCAAUGUUCACGCGUCACUGUUUUUUCAAAGCUGCAUUAAAGUUCAUUUACAGUCUUCUUUAUCCAGAAACCUGCAGUAUCUUCAUAGUCAAAUCCUUCCAGCUGUUUAGGGGAAAUAAUUUGAUCUCUAAGUCUCAGGAAAUAUGUGCCGUUCAAUCUUAAAUCAUAAUGGGGCACUCAUCCACCAGAAAUGUCCCAAAUCAAAUGAGGAAGUGGAGGCAAACAAAACAAUGUGUUUACUGGGAGAAUCUACAGGAAGUGUGAAGGCCACUUGAUUAAAGUCCUCUUAAAUGGUCAUAACUUAAAACUGAGUCUUGACAAAGCAUCAUAAAGACCAGUGAGGCAAUUUAUUGGAUAUAUAAAAAUAGAAACUAAACUCUUUCUGUGUCACAUCCUAGAUUUUAGCAAACUAGUAUCUUAAUACGCUUAUACAUACCACAAGUAAAUACAGAACUAUGAUUUUUCUGUCUGUUUUAAGUGCUUUAACUCACUCAUUUGUCUGUACCUGUGUAUUUAAUUGUACUUUUGAUUUAUCAGACAGCCUAUUGUUUUUUCUGUGUUUUAUCUUUGGGAUUCCAUUGGUACACUGCUUCAGUUAUCUGUCCAUUUUAUAACAUUUUGUGAUUUAAAAUAAAUUGUUUUCAACUUUUGGA